CUUUUUUUUUGAACUCUAAAUGCAAGUGCUUAAGUUUUAAAUAGUUCAUUUAUUUAAUAACUAUUUGACUUUGAGACUUCUUUGCAUAUGUAUGGGAGUGUAUGUGUGUGUGCUUGUGUGAGUGUGUGUGUGUGUGUGUAUUUCCCCAGUGUGUAUGCGUGCUGUGCGAGCUCUGGCUCGGUGCUCCUACCAAGUUUCACUCGUUGUAUCUAUUAUCAUGACCCAAAUAUCAAUUGAAUAGAGCUGCCUGCGACGUGCCGAAUAUUUAUAUACACUACUUAAAAAACUCCAAAAUUUAUUAAUAUAUUUUAAAUGCAUUUUAAAUGCAAUAUCAAAUAUUAUAAAUCAAUAGUAAUGAUUGAAAACUUAUAAUUAAACUAUUUAAUAUGCUUAUUAUUAAUUUUAUUUACUUUAACUUAAUUAUUAUUUAAAAAAAACGCCUGACGCAAACACUCGCCACAUUUGUUAGGGUAUUUUUAUUACCUAUAUGUAUAGUGUACUAUAUGCAUUAAUGUGCAUAUGCCCGGCUACAAUAUCAAAGGCAGCCAUGCAAGAAUGAUUUUCAAUUGAAAAUCGACGCAGCCAGCUGGCAGCACAAUUUUCACACACACACACACACACUCGUACGCACGCCCCGCCCCUUUUGCUGUGGGCGAUCAGUUUAAAUGGCGUUGCCUAUUUGCAAUCUGUCGCAGUCGAGUGCAUUGGCCAGGCCAAAAGCAGUUGGCCUCAUAAUUAGCGCCAGCUUCAUCACUUGCAACUGCAGCAGCUGUAUUUCCCCUGUGGUUGCUGCAGCUACAUAUUUCCAAUUAGCAAAAUGUGUGUGUGUGUGUGUGUGUGUAGUUUGUUGCUGCGUCCUUUGUGCCUUUGCCAUUUCUCUAGCCAAUUUGUUGCUUGCACAAUAUUAAAUGGUUUAUUGCAGCGGCAUGGCAAUUGGCUAAUUUGACCAAUUUGACUGAGAUUGCAAUAAUGGGAUUAUAUAUAAUGAUAUAAUGCCUUAAUUUGUACACACCCACACACAGACAGACACACACACACAGACACAGACACGCAGGCACACACUGAAACAGGACACUUAAUUUAUUGAUUGUGCAACAAUUCGAAAUUAACACACACCAAAAUGUUUUCUCGUGUCAUCUCUUUGCCACAAUUUGUUGCGCUUGCCUAACAACCAAAAAAUAAAAUAUAUAUAUAAAAAAAAUGUAUUAUAUAUAAAAUGAUAAACACAAUUGCGACUGCGACUGCGACUGCGAAUGCAACUGCAAUUGGCACAAAGAUCAACGCUAUGCCGCGCCCUAUGCGCCCGUCAGCAAUAUGUCCAGCUCGGCGUACAUCAGCAGCGGCUUUGGCAUUAACUACUACACGGCCAGCGCACUGCAACAGCAGCAACUACAACAACAAUCAACAGCAGCAGCAACAACAGCAACAACAACAGGAGCAGCAGCAGCAGCAGCAGGAGCAGGGACAACAGCAACAUCUUUAUACCAGCAACAGGCAUCGCCAGCACAUCAGCAACAGCUGGCGCAGCAGCCGCUCUCGUGCAGCUAUCUGCAAAAUGAUCCGGGAGUGCGACGUCGUCUGUUUGCCGGAUUUCGACCAUUGUCCGGCUUUGGACGGCUGCGACAGCAGCGCUCGUCGCAGCAGCAGCAGCAUCGCUCGAUAUCAUUGCCAGAAAGUAAUUACGUCACAUACAACAACGAACAACAAGAACAACAGCUACAACAGCUACAACAACACUACCAGCACCACCACCAUCACUUCUACCACCACCAACACCUGCACAACUAUCCACACGAAUACACUGAGACACCAACAAAUUCAGCUACCUGUAUUCGCACGCAACGUGCGGCACAUUCGGUCAUCGAUUUGUGCGGCAACUAUUCGUUUGACAGUGCUGCAAUCAGUUUUGCAGCAAUAGCAACAACAGCAACAACAGCAACCGCAACUACAAUUAUCAGUUCAUCAACAACAUCAACUACAACUACAACUACAACAACAACAUCAACAUCAACAUCAACUACAACAACAACAACUCGAACAAGCAACCGUUCUUUUUGGAAUAGUACUGCAUUUUAUUCCAAUUGAAUGUUUAAUACGUGUUUUUUACGUGUCGCAUUUAUUGUUGUCUGUCACUGUCUCCCACUCUCUCCCCCCCCCCCUCUCUCUCUCUCUCUCUAAGUGUUGUAUUUUAUAGAGUGUGUGUAUGUGUGCGCGCGUGUGUGUGUGUGUGUGUGUUAAAUGUUACACCUUAGUUGAUUGCACCAAACGAAAUGCAUUUCAUUUACUUUAAUUUCCAUUCAGAGACGCCUCGCAAUCCAAACUUCGCUUUAACAAUGGCCCAGCACGCCAAUUAGUCUUAACCCAGUUUACACUUCAGGCAAACGGCUCAUUUCCGGCAGCAACAACAACAACAACAACAACAACAACAACAACAACAACAACUGCAGCAGCAGCAGUAACAACUGCAAUUACAAGCCUAGCCAAGGCACAUUGGCAUAAUUUGUAUACAUGGCCGAGUUGCCUUCUGCAACAGGACUCGACUCUUGUGUGGGGUAG